CUCGAUCAACCGAGCAUCCACCGCGCCUCCAAAUUGGUUUGUCAUUUCUGACCCCUCUCUCUCUCCGUGUGUUGACCACGGUCCUCUGAUCCGCUGCGCUCUGCGCCUGUGGACUUCGGCACAAGUCAGUAAGAACAUAAAGGCAGCCGAGAAAGAUAAAGAGAGAGACAGGGAGGGAGGGAGGACGGGAUACAGACAGACGGAUAGAGGGAGAGAUACGCCUCUGUCCUCCUCCAGCACUCCACUGGACUUAGUGCUUUUGGACGGCGAUACCUCCUCCUGUGUGCGCGCUGAUCGGGAUACUAAGCACGCAGCUAUUGGUUUAUUAUCUCCAUCCCUUCUUUCGGUAACAUCUAACCGCGUCGUUUUUUUUUCUUUCUUUUUGCGGCAGCAAGAAUUACCCACAGAGCCGGAGACGAGGCGCCAAUCAGUGAAAUUAUUUAUCGACUGGGAAGAUACAUUUCUAUCCAACAUCUACGUUGUGGGGACUGCAUGCAAGAGCGCAGAAAAGGUUAUUCCUGACUCCACUGUGCGCUGGAUGUGUAUAUAUGCGCCUAUAUCGCUGCGACUGGUGAUACGGACUAGGACGUCCAGCUGCCACUGAGAUGUGAUUCUCUGGGGUUUCAUUUCACUUUGACAAAGCGAAGUACACUCUAACAGGCCUGUAUGGUGUCACGAACACUGAGCUGUGAGAAAAACAGCUCACCACAAGACCGUCUGGGCUCAGCAGGAAGUACCUCCAUAUUUACUUCCAGGUCAACCUCAAACGUCAUGUGGACCAGAUGCCUGCUCUUCGUCUCGACCUUGUUUGCUCCCAUUGCCAUUGCCUAUGGCCGUGCCCCUAUCCCCAUGGCGGUGGUGCGGAGGGAGCUGUCCUGUGAGUCCUACCCCAUCGAGCUGCGCUGCCCGGGCACAGAUGUCAUCAUGAUCGAGAGCGCCAACUACGGCCGCACCGAUGACAAGAUCUGCGACUCGGACCCCGCCCAGAUGGAGAACACUCGGUGUUACCUGCCUGAUGCAUACAAGAUCAUGUCACUCAGAUGCAACAACCGCACCCAAUGUGCGGUGGUGGCUGGGCCUGACGUCUUCCCUGACCCCUGCCCUGGAACGUACAAGUACUUGGAAGUCCAAUAUGAGUGCGUCCCAUACAAAGUGGAACAAAAAGUAUUUCUCUGCCCCGGCAUUCUACGAGGAGUUUACCAAAGUGAGCAUCUCUUUGAGUCAGAUCACCAGUCUGGUGCAUGGUGUAAAGACCCGCUGCAGGCCUCGGACAAGAUCUACUACAUGCCCUGGACGCCGUACCGCACAGACACACUCACAGAGUACUCGUCAAAAGAGGACUUCAUCGCAGGCCGUCCCACCACCACCUACAAGCUCCCACAUCGUGUGGAUGGGACCGGUUUUGUCGUCUAUGAUGGUGCACUGUUCUUCAACAAGGAGCGAACCCGCAACAUUGUAAAGUUUGACCUGCGCACUCGCAUCAAGAGUGGCGAGGCCAUUAUUGCCAACGCCAACUACCAUGACACCUCGCCGUACCGCUGGGGGGGAAAGUCAGACAUUGACCUGGCGGUAGACGAGAAUGGACUGUGGGUGAUCUAUGCAACGGAGCAGAACAACGGGCGCAUCGUGGUGAGUCAGCUAAACCCCUAUACCCUACGCAUCGAGGGCUCCUGGGACACCAGCUACGACAAACGCUCCGCCUCCAACGCUUUCAUGAUCUGCGGAGUCCUGUAUGUGGUCAAAACUGUGUAUGAAGAUGAUGACAACGAAGGGACGGGGAACAAAAUCGACUACAUGUACAACACUGAUAAGAGCAAAGAGAUGACGGUUAACAUACCGUUCCCUAAUUCCUACCAGUACAUCGCGGCAGUGGAUUACAACCCGAGAGACAACCUGCUGUACGUGUGGAAUAACUACCACGUGGUCAAGUACUCGCUGGACUUCGGCAACAAUGACUACCGCCCGCCUCCAAUGAUGCCCCCCAACCGAGGAGGGGGAAAUCCAGGCGGUGGUGGAAGUUCCUCCUCUUCAUCCACCAGCCGCACCACCACUACUCGUUCUCCUCCCUACUACACUACCCCGCGGCCUCUCCUCACCACCUCCCCUGGCCAGCGCUACCGAACCACCACCACCGUCCGUCAGCCCAUCCUGAUCCCUGCCGGUGGCUCAUCUUCCGACACCAACCAGAUUCCCGACACCAACCAGAAAGCUGGAGGGCGCUCCCCUCCGGUCCAGGUCCCCCCAGCAGCACCACAGCCUCCUGCCCUGCCUCCCCAAGACUUCUGCAAUCCGAGGGUGAUGGCCGACAUAUCAUGGCCCCGCACACAACAAGGCCAGACAGCCAAGCAGCCCUGCCCUGUAGGGACACUGGGCGUGGCCACAUACGUGUGCGUGGCCCAUUUGGGCUACUGGGAUCCCCAAGGCCCUGACCGCAGCAACUGCACGUCGCCCUGGGUCAACCACAUCAUGCAGAAACUCCGUUCGGGCGAGACAGCAGCAAUUGUGGCCAGGGAGCUGGCAGAGCAGACCAAAGGGCUUCUGCGUCCUGGCGAUGUGCCAUCUACGGUGCGGGCCAUGGCCCAACUGGUCGAACUGCUGGAUGUCCAGCUCAGGAACCUCACCCCCGGGGGCAAAGACAGCGCUGCCCGCAGCCUUACCAAGCUUCAGAAGAGAGAAAGGUCCUGCAGGUUUUUCACACAGGCUAUGGUGGAGACGGUGAAUAAUCUGCUGCAGCCACGAGCCCAGGCAGCGUGGAGGGAGCUGCCCACCAGCGAGCAGCUGCACUCGGCCACCCUGCUCCUCGACACUGUGGAGACUGGGGCUUUUAUGUUAGCUGACAACCUCCUCAAGACUGACACUGUGCAGGAGACCACUGACAACAUCCAGCUGGAAGUGGCCAGGCUGAGCACGGAUGGGAACCUAGCAGACCUGACAUUCCCUCAGUCAGAGCUACAUGGAAACUCCAUCCAGCUGUCAGCCAGCACUCUCAAGCAGCACGGCAGAAACGGUGAGAUCAGGAUGGCCUUUGUCCUGUACAGGAACUUGGGGGCCUACCUGUCCACGGAGAACGCCAGCGUCAGACUGAGCAGCGAGGCGGUCUACCCUAAUUACUCUGUUAUCGUCAACUCCCCGGUCAUCACAGCAUCCAUUAACAAGGAGAGCAAUAAGGUUUACCUGUCUGAGCCCGUGGUCUUCACUGUCAAACACUUGCAGCAUUCGGAAGAGAACUUCAAUCCCAACUGUUCGUUCUGGAGCUACUCCAAGCGCACCAUGACGGGAUUCUGGUCUACCCAGGACUGUCGUCUGCUGGCCACCAAUCGCACACACACCAGCUGCUCCUGCACACACCUCACCAGCUUUGCAGUGCUCAUGGCCCACGUGGAGGUGAAGAAGGCAGACAGCAUGCACGACCUGCUCCUGGACGUCAUCACAUGGGUGGGGAUCCUGUUAUCACUGGUGUGCCUGCUUAUCUGCAUCUUCACCUUUUGCUUCUUCCGUGGACUGCAAAGUGACCGCAACACCAUACACAAGAACCUCUGCAUCAGCCUCUUCAUCGCUGAGUCACUGUUCCUGGUGGGGAUCAACAGGGCCGAUCAGCCGAUUGCCUGUGCAGUCUUCGCUGCCUUGCUCCAUUUCUUCUUCUUGGCAGCCUUCACCUGGAUGUUCCUGGAAGGGGUGCAGCUCUACAUCAUGCUGGUAGAGGUGUUUGAGAGCGAACACUCCAGGACUAAGUACUUCUACCUGGCAGGCUACGGAGUGCCUGCUGUCAUAGUGGCCGUCUCCGCUGCAGUGGACUACAGGAGCUACGGCACCGACCGAGUGUGCUGGCUGCGAUUGGACACAUACUUUAUCUGGAGCUUUAUAGGCCCUGCUACGCUUAUUAUUAUGCUGAAUGUAAUCUUCCUCGGCAUCGCUCUUUAUAAGAUGUUCCAUCAUACGGCCAUUCUCAAACCAGACUCUGGAUGUCUGGACAACAUCAAGUCCUGGGUGAUCGGGGCCAUAGCCCUGCUGUGUCUGCUGGGCCUGACCUGGGCUUUCGGCUUGAUGUACAUCAACGAGAGCACCGUCAUCAUGGCGUACCUCUUCACUAUCUUCAACUCUCUACAGGGCAUGUUCAUCUUCAUCUUUCACUGCAUCCUGCAGAAGAAGGUGCGUAAAGAGUAUGGCAAAUGCCUGCGCACUCACUGCUGCAGCGGCAAGAGCGUAGAGACCUCUAUCUCCUCCUCCAGUAAAACCACCACCUCACGGACGCCGGGCCGCUACUCCACAGGCUCACAGGUGAGCUUACCUGCCUGCACACCUGGACGCUACAGCACAGCAGACUCUCAGAGUCGUAUCAGGCGGAUGUGGAAUGACACUGUGAGGAAACAGGAGUCUUCCUUCAUCACUGGAGACAUCAACAGCUCCGCCACGCUCAACAGAGGAGCCAUGGCUAAUCAUCUUAUAACUAAUGCUCUCCUUCGUCCCCAUGGUACUAACAAUCCUUAUAACACUCUCCUGGGGGACUCGGCAGUCUAUAACAACCCAGCCGUGGGCAUGUACAACACCCAAGCACCGUACCGAGACACAAAGGGCAUCCUGAACAACGCAAGAGACUCCAGUGUUAUGGAUACACUCCCUCUUAAUGGUAACCAUGCCAACAACUACAGCAUGGCCAGCAGCGAGUACUUGAGUGAUUGCGUGCAGAUUCUGGACCGUAGUGGCGGCUACGGCACCCAUAGCAACCACAAGGAGACCACCCUGGAGAAGAAGAUCCUCAAGGAGCUGACCUCCAAUUACAUCCCAUCCUACCUCAACAACCACGAGAGAGCCACCACCGAGCGCAACCACAACCUGAUGAACAAGCUGGUCAACAGCAGCAUGGCCAACGGAGGGAGUAUGGCAGGAGGCAGCAGCAGCAGCAGCAGCAGUGGAGUUGGUGGAUGUGUGGGCAGCAGUAAAGAGGACAAUGGUCCCAUGGUGCUUGACAAUCCUGCAGCCUUCCCCCAUGAGGAGAACCUGGGCUUGGAGAUUAUCAGAGAAGAGUCCAACGCUCCGCUCCUGCCGCCACGGCCUCCUCCACCAGACAGCCACCCCCCACCUCCUCCGCCCCCUCACAGCUUCUCCCGGCCACGGCGCAUUCCCCAAGAGACCAGCGAGAGCUUCUUCCCCCUGCUGACCAACGAGCACACUGACGAGCACACGCACUCGCCCAACCACAGAGACUCGCUGUACACCAGCAUGCCAGUGCUGACGGACCUUCCUGAUGGGCAGAUGAACGGUUUAACAGAUGGAGAGGAAGACAGCUCUGGGGAGCUGCAGCCCUGUAAGAGUGCCACUGCUCCGGAGCUGGAUGACGUCUACUAUAAGAGCAUGCCAAACCUGGGCUCCAGGAAUCACCUUCACGAGCUCCAGAGCUACUACCACAUGGGCCGUGGUGGCAGUGAUGGAUACAUGGUGUCCGGCAGCAAGGAGGAGUCCGAUUCGUCACCUGAGGAGCCGCCCGUAGACCCUUCCCACCUUGUUACCAGUCUAUAGAGCCAAUCAAGAGACUUCUAUCCCUCCCCAGCCCAUUCUCACACUUCCAACCUUCCAAUGAAAACAUUCUGUGUUGUUGACUGACAGACUGAGCUGGCCCACCCCUGGAUUGAUGUACUGUGUGUGACAUUAACUAUGGUUCAUGACAAUAUGGUCGAGAAUUCGCAGGUCAAAUGAAAGCAGGGACUGAAUGUAUUGUCAUAAAUGGUGCAGACUGAAAGGGCGGUUCUGUGAGACUUUUUGUGAACAUGAAACAGAAAUGGAACUUUUAUCCUGGAAAGGAGAGGAAGGGGGAGGGAUUCUGUAAUUUCACCCUACCUGUAACUUUAAUUUGGAAUCUUGGAUCGACCGUAGCCCUACAAGUUCCCCCAAUAUGGACCUCUAGCAGAUCAUAGCAUAUAGUCUCCACUACCACCACAACAGGGGCAUGGCCCCCAGCCCUGGUUAAAGGAGCUGCCUGUCUGUUCGUCUGUAAGUCUGUCUCUCUGUCUCACUCUUAAAGACACGUACUGGGAUGAUGUUUCCACCUCUCCAAAGGGUAGAGCAGGAUAUCGAACUCCGGUGUUCACACCAUAAACUGGCCUGAAAAAGGCCCCACCCCACUAUCUGCCAAUCAAGUGGAGGAUGUAUGAUAUAUGCCCUCACUACUGAUCAUCCCAAAAACUAUUUUAUUGGGCAACUGAACUGUAACCAUAUCACGCUGAUGUUCUGAAUUCUCUUCCUGUUCGUAUCUGCUAAACUGGAGUUGUGUCUGGGCUGGUGUAACAUUCCUGCAAGUUGUAGUGACUGCGGCUACUGUGUAUUUCACUGAAAACAAAGAAGGAAGAUCAUAUUACAACAGACUGAAUUAAAAAAAAAAAAAAACAAUGGGUUCCGUUUCUUCUCCUUUCUUCUGUAAAAGUUUUCAGUUAUCAAAGGAUUAUAAAGAAAUCACAAACUGUUUCUAUGUAUUGUACAGAAUACAGAUACAGAUACAAAUGUUGCAUAUGACCAAGUCUUUUAUUUUUCAAUUUUUUAAGUUGCAAACCUUUUGUCUGUGGAACUGUUCUGAAAUGUCAUGAUGUGUUCUGGUCACGUGUAGACGACAGAACGAGCAAGGAACAAUCUGUCAUGUCACUCUUUCGUAAAUACAGAGACAGUUAAGCACUCCUUAAUUAAUACGCAUAUACCUUGCGCACACUUCAUUUUGGUCCUUUUAUAGCAACACCACUGUCACUUACAUUUUGCAAAUCAAUUGUUACUAUAUACUUUACCACUGUGUAGAUUUAAAAUUAAAGGGGAAAUGAAGUGGCAAAGUUAUGAAGGAGACGGUUGCUAUGGAAAUGCUACGUGUUAGACUUUGCUGGAAGUGGGUCUCAUCUCAUUUGUUCUUGAAUAAAGCGUUUCCUUCCUUUAGGCACAAGCCUGGGUGAAAAAAAAUUACAAAGAUAUCAGAUAUUUGGAGUUACAAAAGAAUGGUUGAUGAAGCGUAUCCUCUCUAUUGCCAAAUAUUCUACCAAUUGACAUUACCUUGCGGUGCUGGUUUGAGAUUGUACAGAAGAAGAAAGCUGAGAAUAAUAAAUGUCAUUCUCUAUUCUAAAAAAAAAAGAAAAGAAAAAAAAGAAUUUCCACUAUUUGAAAAAGGGGUGGGUCUCACCUGUGAAAUGCCAUGAUUACACCAUAUAUGUGUACUGAAGAUGUGAAAACUCUGCACACAGCAGCACUGUCCAGUGUGGAAAGCCAAUGUUUACUUAUUUAGGAGAGAAAAAAAAUCAUAAGUGUAUGAAGUGUAGCUUGCACAUGUAUCCCACAAGCCCUCUCCAUGUCCCCAAGAGAGAAAUUAUUUAUUUAUCUGUUUAUUGGUUUGAAGACAGCAAAACAAGCUUGAAGGAAAGAAAGCUAGGCUUUAGGCAGGAGUAAAUAAAACGGCACUGGGUUUGUUUUAUGGUUCUUUUUUUUAAAUUAUUAUGAUCAUGAUUAUUAUUACAAUAUUAUUGCUAAUUAUUUAUUCUUUUUGUAUGGGUUCCAAGUUGAAUGAUCUCAUAACUAAUAUUUGUUGUAACAGUGAAAGUUGUUUGCCAACAAAUAAAUUACUGACAU